AAGGAAAGGCCACUCGGGGGGCGGGGCGGGGCCUGGCCAAGCCAAGCCAAACGCGGAGUCGCCGAGGAGGAGGAGGAGGACAAGGCACAACAAGCCGCACGAGAAGGCAGGCAGGGCAGGGCAGGGCAGGGCAGAGGGGAAGAAAGAGGAGGAGGAGAAGAAGCGCGUGGAGGAGCGGGAUGCGGCGGGCGAGGCUGCCGCCGGUCCCGGUCCCGACGGCGCCGGGGGACGCGGGGCCGGAGGUGAAGUACCGCGGGGUGAGGCGGCGGCCGUCGGGGCGGUACGCGGCCGAGAUCCGGGACCCGGCUAGGAAGACCCCGAUCUGGCUGGGCACCUUCGACUCGGCCGAGGCCGCGGCCCGCGCCUACGACGCCGCAGCCAGGACCAUCCGCGGCGCCGCCGCGCGGACCAACUUCCCCUCCGCGCCCACCUCCGCCGCGGUCGCGCCGCCGCCGCCACUCCCCGCCUCAACCGCCGCCGCGGCGGGCGCGGCGACGUCCAGCCUCAGCAGCACCGUGGAGUCCUGGAGCGGCGGCGGCGGCGGCGGCGCGCCCGCCGGGAUCCUCCGCGCCGCGGCCGCCCCGGCCGCCGAGGAGGACUGCCGCAGCUACUGCGGCUCCUCGUCGUCGGUCCUCUGCGAGGACGGCGCGUCGGGUCCGGGCUGCGGCGACGAGGCCGCCGCGCCGCCGCCGUUGCCGUUCGAUCUGAACGUGCCGGACCCGGCGGCCGACGACAUGGACUGGCGCUGCGACACGCUGCUCCGCCUCUAGCCGCCGCCGCCGCAGGCCCGCAACCACUCCUCCCCAGACUGGUGCCCCCAGGAUAUCUCGCUCGCUUCGCGUGGCCGGCCGACGCUGAUCCGGCGGAACGGAGCGGAGCAAUGCGUGCGUGCGUACCCCACCCCGCCAUGAAGUGCUAUCGUGCUAUUUUGCUAUUCUCUCCAUAGAAAUUGAUAAUUUUAGUCUCUCUCUCUUUUUUUUUACCACUGCCAAGACUCGGUAAUUACUCUGUGAUAAUGUGAAUAACUCAUUAUGUAAUCCGUGGGGAGUGGAGGGAGCCUGGUCUCGCGAAACCUUCCUGUCUCCUCCUGCUGUGUGUGUAUCUGUAGCAGCAGCAGCAGCAGCACGAUGUAAUACUGUCUGUCUUGCUGUAAUUCUCAAGAGAUAAUGGAAUUAAGAGUGAUUUACAGACA